CAGUAAUAUAACUUCCUGUUUACGUCACAACAGCCCUUUCCGUUCCAAGCCCUUUUCUCCCUCCGCUUGCUCUCUUUUCUACUGUUCGGUCCACGUGCGGAUUUCUUAGAAUUUAGCACCAAAAAGACCACAAUAAGAGUUUGGACCAAAUGGCGUCGUCAUUCGAGCAGAUGAGAGCCAACGUAGGAAAGCUCUUACGAGGAAUCGAUCGGUAUGGACACUUGUUUGACAAAUACUAGCUUAGCUAGCUACAUUUGAUUGUUUGACAUUAUGCAGAAAGUUACAGUUAAAACAGUUAGCUGUUGGAAUCAUUUAUUAGACAUAUCCAACAUCUAACGACGUGUAGGUGUCACAUACCUUUGGUUUACCUAGUGUUACUUAUAAACUAACGUUAACUAACUAGCUAGGUACUGUUACACCGGCUUGUACCGGUAAACCGUAAGUUAAUGUUAUUUACCUAGCACAACAUCCUUUGACAGCUGGUUGGUUGUGAUGCAGAUUGAUUGUCUCUAUGCAUGUUUUUGCACAACUUGUGUGUUGUAGUUAGCUAGCUGUGUCGGCUAUCUGUUGAAUCCAUGCCCUUAAUGUUACAUUGUUUAUGAUCUCUUACAGAUACAACCCAGAAAACCUUGCAACAUUGGAACGCUACGUGGAAACACAAGUUAAAGAGAAUGCAUACGACCUAGAGGCCAAUUUGGCUAUCCUUAAAUUGUGAGUCAACCUACCUCUGACUGUCUGACUACUAUCACAUUAGUUAUGCCUGUACAAAAUGGGUAACAUGUAGUUAUAUUUUCCUGCUGGGUGGCAAGUAGCCAUUGAUCAUGACUCUCAGUUCCAUUACAUUACACAUAAAUCAUUGGACGAAGGCUUCUUCGGCGCUCAAUCUGAACAUUAACACGCGUCACUUGCGGUACGGUUUUGGAAGCAUAAGGACCUUAUCUUUCAUAUCAGCGAGAAAUCAACAACAACAAAAAUGUUGAAUUGAUACACACCUUGAUAGGGUUAGUGUUCGCACACUGCCAUAUCUCCAUGUUACAUUGCGUGUUUACGCAAGACAUAGGUUGACCACCUGUGCUAAUUAGCUAUCUAGUGGGGAUGUAACGAUUCACUGAUAAGCAUCGGUCGUCGGUUCAGAUGUUUAAAAUGCGAGUGCAUCUGUCUGCGGGAGCCCAAAACCGAUCCAAAUGAAUGAGCAAUCGGUAAGAAAACCGAUUCAAUUUAAAAAUAUAUAUUUUCUUUCUGCCUUAUUCUGAAAAUACCGAUAAUCUGUUGUGACUGAAUUGAUGCGUCCUCUCCUUCAGCCUAUCAAACUUGUAUGACAUUGAUCUACUAGUCAGAUAACUGUGUGCACAGUGCAGGAGACGCAGCUGCUCGCGCCAAUGAGAGGUAGGUCUACCCAGUGCUAAAAUUCGUAGGCUACAUCUGCAAGUCACCUUACAUUUUACAUUUUAGUCAUGUAGCAGACGCUCUUAUCCAGAGCGACUUAGUUACUGAGUGCAUACAUUAUUUAUAUAUAUAUAAAAAAUCAUACUGGCCCCCCGUGGGAAACGGACCCACAACCCUGUCGUUGCAAACGCCAUGCUCUACCAACUGAGCUACAUCCCUGCCGGCCAUUCCCUCUCCUACCCUAGAAGACACUGGGCCAAUUGUGCGCCGCCCCAUGGGUCUCCCAGUCGCGGCCGGCUACGACAGAGCCUGGAUUCGAACCAGGAUCUCUAGUGGCACAGCUAGCACUGCGAUGCAGUGCCUUAGACCACUGCGCCACUCGUUCAGAUGUUUGUAAAAUGGAUUUUGUAAUAUUAAAUCAUAGGCUUUAUUAAUUGGACAAUCAAUGUAAUUUGCUGGGUCAUUGUUACCAAAUGUGCUGUAUAAAUAUAUUUUUUAUCAGUGGAGCUGUGUAGGCUACCAGGGUGGACACAACUGAACGCACAUCUAACUGCUGAUUGGGGCUUUUCGAUUGCCAGGGUCACCAUACGAAAUAUUUAAACAGUCUGUGCAUUUGGUCAUUUUUACAUUAACAGUGGUAGAUGCUCGGUCUGCCAUAUGGCUCAGCUCACACACUACAUCAUUCACACACACAGGGCCGCUCAGAGAAGUCAGCUCAGACAGAUCCAGCUCCUGAGCUCCAGCAGUAUCAGAUAUUAAUUUAGAAUGGAAAAUGAAUGUGUUCAUGCAACAAUUGUUAGUGCAUCGCAACGAUUCGUUCCGCUAAUCAAAUCAAAACGCACCGACUCGUUUCAAACUAAAAGUAUCGUUCCUGAAUCGUAUCGGAGCCCAUGUAUCUAGAUGCGUAUUGAUUCAUGCUUGUAAGGAGAGAUGCACAUCCCUACUAUCUAGCAUGCUCUGAACACCUGUGUGUAACUGAAGAAGGCCGCCAGAAACGUGUUGUAACUGAAAAAUACUGUCGGCUGCAACUGUGAUAAAGCCGGUAAAAAAAAAAACACUGCAUUUCAGCCCUGCCACAAAAGGACCAGCUGACAUCAUGUCAGUGAUUCUCUCGUUAACACAGGUGAGUGUUGACGAGGACAAGGCUGGAGAUCACUCUGUCAUGCUGAUUGAGUUAGAAUAACAGACUGGAAGCUUUAAAAGGAGGGUGGUGCUUGAAAUCAUUGUUCUUCCUCUGUUAACCAUGGUUACCUGCAAGGAAACACGUGCCGUCAUCAUUGCUUUGCACAAAAAGGGCUUCACAGGCAAGGAUAUUGCUGCUAGUAAGAUUGGUUGAUUUAGGUGCAUUUAUCUGAUCAUCAAGAACUUCAAGGAGAGAGGUUCAAUUGUUGUGAAGAAGGCGUCAGGGCGCCCAAGAAAGUCCAGCAAGCGCCAGGACCGUCUCCUAAAGUUGAUUCAGCUGCGGGAUCGGGGCACCACCAGUGCAGAGCUUGCUCAGGAAUGGCAGCAGGCAGGUGUGAGUGCAUCUGCACGCACAGUGAGGCGAACACUUUUGGAGGAUGGCCUGGUGUCAAGAAGGGCAGCAAAGAAGCCACUUCUCUCCAGGAAAAACAUCAAGGACAGACUGAUAUUCUGCAAAAGGUACAAGGAUUGGACUGCUGUGGACUGGGGUAAAGUGAUUUUCUCUGAUGAAUCCCCUUUUCGAUUGUUUGGGGCAUCCGGAAAACACCUUGUCCGGAGAAGACAAGGUGAGUGCUACCAUCAGUCCUGUGUCAUGCCAACAGUAAAGCAUCCUGAGACCAUUCAUGUGUGGGGUUGCUUCUCAGCCAAGGGAGUGGGCUCACUCACAAUUUUGCCUAAGAACACAGCCAUGAAUAAAGAAUGGUACCAACACAUCCUCCGAGAGCAACUUCUCCCAACCAUCCAAGAACAGUUUGGUGAUGAUCAAGGCCUUUUCCAGCAUGAUGGAGCACCUUGCCAUAAGGCAAAAGUGAUAACUAAGUGGCUCGGGGAACAAAACAUUGACAUUUUGGGUCCAUGGCCAGGAAACUCCCCAGACCUUAAUCCCAUUGAGAACUUGUGGUCAAUCCUCAAGAGGCGGGUGGACAAACAAAAACCCACAAAUUCUGACAAACUCCAAGCAUUGAUUAUGCAAGAAUGGGCUUCCAUCAGUCAGGAUGUGGCCCAGAAGUUAAUUGACAGCAUGCCAGGGCGGAUUGCAGAGGUCUUGAAAAAGAUGUCAACACUGCAAAUAUUGACUCUUUGCAUAAACUUAAUGUAAUUGUCAAUAACAUUCCACACUUAUGGAAUGCUUGUAAUUAUACUUCAGUAUACCAUAGUAACAUCUGACAAAAAUAUCUCAUAACACUGAAGCAGCUAACUUUGUGAAGACCAAUACUUGUGUCAUUCUCAACUUUUGACCACGACUGUACAGUAAGUGAAAUUUUUUUGAUGUGAUAUGAAGGUAAAGAGCUUUAUGUUUAUGCAAUUGAGAAUCGUUUACAUUUAGAUGGAGUUUUUGGCUGCCAGAGCCAGUCUACCUCUCAAAAUAACAUAUACGGUCCUUGGACCUUAAGGUGUACAUUCUUGGGCUAGCAGAAUACCACUCAUGGCUAUAUCAGUAACAGAGAUGCUGUUCUUGUUCCUGUAGGUAUCAGUUCAACCCUGCCUACUUCCAGGUCACAGUGACGUCGCAGAUUCUGCUCAAGGCCCUGACCAACCUACCACACACAGACUUUACUCUGUGCAAGUGCAUGAUUGACCAGACACACGUAUCCUUUUGGUGCUCAGUAUAAUCUAGUAUCAAUCCAGCAUCUAGUGCAGUUUGUCCACUUCUGUACUCCCUGUCAACAAAAACAGACAAUAAUUUAGGCUUGGGCGGUAUACCAUAUACCGGGGUAUUUGGAAAUGGCCACAGCAUGGUUUUUCAAUACCGUUGAAACUAUUUAUUUGAAGUGUUUUAUUUUAUUUUAUUUGAAUAUUUGUAGCUACUUUUUAAGUAAAUACUUGCAGUCAACUUGUGCAAUACGUUUAGAGAUAAAGAAGAUUGUGUUCUUCAUAGCAUCUGUCAAUUUUUUCAUUAUGAAGCUUACCAGUAGUCCCCAGUCACCUGGCAUUUGUUUACAAGGACACAACUGAGAGACCUGAGGUUUGGAAAAACAGCGCCCCUUGUGUUCAGUGCCGGUAUUACAGAACACCCGGUAUGGCACAAGGUCGGUAUUAAAGUACGGCAAUCUGGAUACCGCCCAAUUUUUAAAAUUUAUUAUUUCACCUUUAUUUAACCAGGUAAGCCAGUUGAGAACAAGUUCUCAUUUACAACUGUGACCUGGCCAAGAUAAAGCAAAGCAGUGCGAUUUAAAAACAGUUACAUAUGGGGUAAACAAAACAAAGUCAAAAAUAUAACAGAAAAUAUAUAUACAGUGUGUGCGAAUGUAGUAAGUUAUGGAGGUAAGGCAAAUAGGCUUUAGUGCAAAAUAGUUACAAUUUCGUAUUAACACUGGAGUGAUAGAUGUGCAGAAGAUUGUGCAAGCCUACAAUAAUUAGUUUUGGUUGAUUGUUGUUUUCCGGAGUUUGUUUUUAAGUAAUGGUGUGGACAUUACUGUCUAUUAUGGGGCCAGUUGUUUGCUCUGUGUGUGGUGGCUUUCCUUGACUACAGUGAAGCAGCAGGAGGAGCGCCCCAUAAGGCAGAUCCUGUACUUGGGGAACCUCCUGGAGACCUGCCAUUUCCAGUCCUUCUGGGUAUGUACACAAUACAUAUCUCUGUUUCUCUCUUUUUGUUUCACCUGCCUUUUUGUCCUGCUCAUUUCACACAACUUUCCAAUCAUAGUUAAAGAAUUUUGGGGAUCAUAUCCUGACAUGAAGGUUAUGUAUUGCGGUUAAACAUGACUUUACGUUGUGGCUCUAACUGGAGAUUGAUGGCUGUACUAAUAGACAACCCCUAUCAUGACUUUAUUACAUCUUUAUGAAAUGUAACAUCCAGUUCUCAUAAUGGUAUGAUUGUAUGGUACUCAUUCCUUUGUCUGUCACAUAGUCCAGUCUGGAGGAGAACAGGGAAUUCAUUGACGGCAUCACAGGCUUUGAGGACUCAGUGCGCAAGUGUGAGUAGAAUAUUUGGAAAUCAAGUUUAGUUGCUGACUGCGUAAUAUUGCAAUAAAACGUGAUAAUAGCCUGUCUAACUGCUUCUCUCUCCAGUUAUCUGCCAUGUGGUUGGAAUCACAUACCAGAACAUUGAGCAUCGACUUCUGUCUGAGAUGCUGGGUGACCCCCUUGGUAAGACCAUUCAUUUAAGAUGUACAGUGUAUUCAGAAAGUAUUUAGACCCCCUUGACUUUUUCCACAUUUUGUUACGUUACAGCCUUAUUCUAAAAUUGAUUUAAAUUGUUUUUUUCCCCCCUACACACACUACCUCAUAAUGACAAAGCAAAAACUGGUGUUUAGAAAUUUUUGCAAAUGUAGGAAAAAAUAAAAAAGGAUAUGACAUUUACAUAAGUAUUCAGACCAUUUACUCAGUACUUUGUUGAAGCACCUUUGGCAGUGCUUACAGCCUCAAGUCUUCUUGGGUAUGACACUACAAGCUUGGCACACCUGUAUUUGGAGAGUUUCUCCCAUUCUUCUGUGCAGAUCCUCUCAAGCUCUGUCAGGUUGGAUGGGGAGCGUCGCUGCACGGCUAUUUUCAGGUCUCUCCAGAGAUGUUAGAGUGGGUUCAAGUCUGGGAUCUGGCUGGGCCACUCAAGGACAUUCAGAGACAUGUCCCGAAGCCACUCCUGUGUUGUCUUGGCUGUGUGCUUAGGGUCGUUGUCCUGUGAACCUUCGCCCCAAUCUGAGGUCCUGAGCACUCUGGAGCAGGUUUUCAUCAAGGAUCUCUCUGUACUAUGCGCCAUUCAUCUUUCCCUCGAUCCUGACUAAUCUCCCAGUCCCUGCCGCUGAAAAACAUCCCCACAGCAUGAUGCUGCCACCACCAUGCUUCACCGUAGGGAUGGUGCCAGGUUUCCUCCAGAUGUGCCGCUUGGCAUUCAGGCCAAAGAGUUCAAUCUUGGUUUCAUCAGACCAGAGAAUCUUGUUUCUCAUGGUCUGAGAGUUCUUUAGGUGCCUUUUGGCAAACUCCAAGCAGUCCGUCAUGUGCCUUUUACUGAGUAGUGGCUUCCGUCUGGCCACUCUACCAUAAAGGCCUGAUUGGUGGAGUACUGCAGAGAUGGUUGUCCUUCUGGAAGGUUCUCCAAUCUCUACAUAGGAACUCUGGCGCUCUGUCAGAGUGACCAUCCGGUUCUUGGUCACCUCCCUGACCAAGGCACUUCUCCCCCGAUUGCUCAGUUUGGCCAGGCGGCCAGCUCUAGGAAGAGUCUUGGUGGUUCCAAACUUUUUCCAUUUAAGAAUGGAGGCCACUGUGUUCUUGGGGACCUUCAAUGCUGCAGAACUUUUUUGGUAACCUUCCCCAGAUCUGUACCUCGACACAAUCCUGUCUCGGAGCUAUACGGACAAUUCCUUCAACCUCAUGGCUUGGUUUUUGCUCUGACAUGCACUGUCAACUGUGGGACCUUAUAUAGACAGGUGUGUGCCUUUCCAAAUCAUGUCCAAUCAAUUGAAUUUACCACAGGUGGACUCAAUCAAGUUGUAGAAACAUCUCAAGGAUGAUCAAUGGAAACAGGAUGCACCUGAGCUCAAUUUCGAGUCUCAUAGCAAAGGGUCUGAAUAUUAAUGUUUUUUUAUUUGCUAUAAAGUUGCAAACAUUUCAAAAAAUGUGUUUUCGCUUUGUCAUUAUGGGGUAUUGUGUGUAGAUUGAUGAGGGGAAAAAUUAAUUGAAUCCAUUUUAGAAUAAGGCUGUAACGUAACAAUGUGGAAAAGGUCAAGGGAUCUGAAUACUUUCCGAAUGCAAUGUCCUAUUGAUUUCCUUUCUUUCAGUGACACUACAGUGUUCAUUAUCUGUAAGUCAUAUCCCACUUCAGCCUGCUAAUUUGACUUCCUGCUCCCCAUACAGACACACAGGUGAAGGUGUGGAUGAGCAAGUACGGGUGGACGGAGAACGAGGAAGGGCAGAUCUUCAUCUUUAACCAGGAGGAGAGCGUCAAGCCCAAGAACAUUGUGGAAAAGAUUGACUUUGAGAGUGAGUGUUUCCUUGUCUUGUGUCCCAGUCUUACUUGCUGUUAUGCAGUGAAGUGGAUUUUUUUUGUCUGUCUGUAGUCACUUUUAUCAUACAUUUUCAAAGGUCAACUUCUUCCUUACCCCCCCCCCUCCCAGUGUAGCUUUAUAUAACCUAAGACUUUUCAUGGAAAGACAAUUUUGUUGACCUUCUUUCCCUUUUUCUCCUGCUCCCCUCUGUCUUAUUUCCCUCCUUUUCACUCCUGUAUUUUCCUUUGUCUCUGUCCCUCUUCCACAGGUGUAUCCAGCAUCAUGGCCACAUCUCAGUGAUACUGACACAUCUGCACAAACACUCAGAACGCACAAUAAAAAGAAAUUCAACAAGACAGCAGUACAUAUUCCUCAAACCAACCUUUAACAAUAAAUGUUAAUUAUCCAUUCAAACUCAGACCCAAAGUGUGCUGAUCUUUUCACUGAUUAGAUUGAACUAGUCUCUGAUGUUAACCUAUUAAGUCAAUUUCAGGAAAUGAAUAAUUACCAGAAAU